AUGAUAUUUUACUCCUGUUUGUUCUCUCUUUUUCUUCCACCCAGUCUCUCCUCUCCCUAUUACUUCAAUUUGCAUCUCUCUUUCUCUUUCUUUGUACUACUUAUUUAUUUUUUUAUCUUAUUCAUUCCAACUCUCACUUUCUGCUUUUCUUUUUCAUUUUUCUUUUGCUUUCUUUCCUGGUUUUUACAGGCUUUCUUUCUUUUUUCUUUUGGAUUUUUCUCUUGGCUUUUUCUCACUUUCUCUAUCUGUUUUUUUUUUUUCUUGCUUUCUCUACCUUUUGGUUUUCUCUUGUUUCCUCUUGUUUCUUUUCCUCUUUUAGUUUUCUCUCACUUUCUCUUCCUCUUUAGGUUUUCUCUCACUUUCUCUUCCUCUUUAGGAUUUCUCUUUCUCUCCCUCUUUUUUUCUGAUCUCCCCCUUUUCAGUUUUCAAAAAAAAAAGAAUCUCGCUUUAGUUUUUUUCUCUCGUUUCUUUUCUUUCUCGCUUUCCAUUUUCUCCCACCAACUCUUUUUUCUCUCUUUCUUUUCAAUUUUCUCUCUUUCUUUAAAAAGGUUCUCUGCUUUCUCUUUCAAUUUUCUCUUUUCUCUUUCAAUUUUCUCGCUUUUCAAACUUUCUAAAUCAUUCAAUUUUUCUAAAUUUGUUCUCGAUUUUUUUUCUCUGUCAUUUUUUGAUUCUUCUCUCCCCCCCCCCCGCCUCUCUCAUUCAUUCUUGAUUUCCAUUCCCUCCCUCUUGUUCUUGGUUGCCUCUAAUUCUUUGUCUCACACGCUUUUGCUUUUUCACAUCUUUCAUUCUUUCUCUCUCUCUCUCUCCUUCCUACUUCACAUGCUUCCCUUUCCUCUAAUUCACUCACUUUUAUUCAUUGUUCUUUUUUUUCUCUCUCUUUUAUGGUUUUCUUUUCUCUCUCAAUCCCUGUUACCAUUCUUCUCUCUCUCACCCCCGCUUUACCAUUCUUCUCUCUCUCUCACCCCCUCUACACCAUUCUUCUCUCUCUCUUAUAUGGUUUACCAUUCUUCAUCCUCUCACCCCCCCUUUAAAAUUCUUCCCGGUCAGUCACCCCCUUUAACUCUCUCUCUCACCCCUGGUUACCAUUCUUCUCUCUCUCUCUCUCAGUUUUUCUCUUCUUCUCUUUCUCCUUUAUCUUUGCCAUAUAAAACUUUCUCUCCCCCUUUUCCAUUCUUAUCUUUCUUACCCCCACUUUACAUUUUCUCUCUCUCUCCCCCCUUUUCUCUCUCUUUUCUCUCUCUCUCUACCUUUAAUCAUUCUUCUCUCUCUCUCCCCUUUUCUUCUCUCUCUCCCCCCCCUUUCAUCUUUCUCUCUCUCCCUCUUUUUCUCUUCUUCUCUCUCUCUCUCUCUCUUUACCAUUCUUCUCUCUCUCUCCCCCUUUUCUCUCUCUUCUCUCUCUUUCUCCCCUCUCUUUAA